CCUCCCCUCGAGAGGCAGUCGGCUGAGCUCCACACCACAGUGAGCCCUGGACGGAUAGUCUGACAGAACAGAAAGACGCCUCCAGCCCUGGGCUUGCAUCCCGAGGCCACCUGCAUUCCUUGGAUUGUAGCCUCACGUUGCUUCAGCCUCCUGUCAUCACCUCUUCUCUUUCCUGAUUCUGACCCUCUUGCCUCCAUCUUCUGAGGACCCUGUCUGUCUGUCCUGGAAAGAUACAGAGGCUCAUGAUGCUGGUCGCUGUAUUGGGCGCCUGCCUGGGCUCGCUGGUGGCAGCUGCAGCAGCAACAGCAGGCACUAACCCUGCACAACUGGAUACUCCCAGCAUGCUGCCCACCCUCCGGCGCCAGAAGAGAGACUGGAUUUGGAAUCAGAUGCACAUCGAUGAAGAGAGAAACACCUCACUACCCCAUUAUGUGGGCAAGAUCAAGUCGAGCGUGAACAGAAAGAAUGCCAAGUACCUGCUCAGAGGAGAGUCUGUCGGCAAGGUCUUCCGGGUCAACGAGGACACAGGAGAUGUGUAUGCCUUUGAGAGGCUGGACCGGGAGAAGACCUCCGAGUACCACCUCAUUGCCCUCAUCGUGGACAAGGACACCAACAGCGACCUGGAGUCUCCUUCCAGUUUCACCAUCAAAGUUCACGAUGUGAAUGACAACUGGCCUGUGUUCACGCACCGGUUGUUCAAUGCAUCUGUGCCCGAGAUGUCGGCUGUGGGGACCUCGGUCAUCCGUGUGACAGCAGUGGACGCAGAUGACCCCACUGUGGCAGAUCACACCUCUGUCGUGUACCAAGUCCUGAAGGGAGAAAAGUAUUUUUCCAUCGAUAAUUCCGGACUCAUUCUCACGACAACUAAUAACUUGGACCGAGAGAUGCAAGCCAGAUAUGAGAUCGUGGUGGAGGCACAAGACACCCGGGGCCUCCGGGGGGACUCGGGCACGGCCACUGUGCUGGUCACUCUGCAAGACGUCAAUGACAACUUCCCCAUCUUCACCCAGACCAUGUACACAUUUGUGGUGCCUGAAGACAUCCGCGUGGGAAGCCCCCUGGGCUCUCUGUUUGUGGAGGACCCAGAUGAGCCCCAGAACCGGAUGACCAAGUACAACAUCGUGCAAGGCGAGUACAGGGACACUUUCAUCAUCGAGACAGACCCCACCCACAACGAGGGCAUCAUCAAGCCCAUGAAGCCCCUGGACUAUGAACGCAUCCGGCAAUACAGCUUCACCAUCGAGGCCAUGGACCCCACCAUCAACCUCGGAUACCUGAGAGGCACCUCCAGCAGAAACACAGCCCGCGUCAUCAUCAACAUCACAGAUGUGGACGAGCCCCCCAUCUUCCAGCAGCACUUCUACCACUUCCAGCUGUGGGAGAACCAGAAGAAACCUCUGAUCGGCGUGGUGAUAGCCACAGACCCCGACGAGAUUCGGCGUAGAAUUGGAUACUCCAUCCGGAGGACUAGUGACAAGGGCCAAUUCUUCCGAAUAACCAAGCAAGGGAACAUUUACAAUGAGAAAGAACUGGACAGAGAAAUCUACCCCUGGUAUAACCUGACUGUGGAGGCUAAAGAACUGGAUUCUAGUGGGACCCCCACAGGCAAAGAAUCCAUCGUGCAGGUCCACAUUGAAGUUCUGGAUGUGAAUGACAAUGCCCCAGAGUUCGCCCAGCCCUAUGAGCCCAAAGUGUGUGAGAAUGCAGCCCAGGGCCAGCUGGUCCUGCGGAUCUCUGCAACAGACAAGGACAUAACACCACAAAACGUGAAGUUCAAAUUUGCCCUGAGCACUGAGGACAGCAACUUCACCCUCACGGAUAAUCACGAUAAUACAGCCAACAUCACGGUCAAGUAUGGGCAAUUUGACCGGGAGCGUGCCAAGGUCCACUUCCUGCCCGUGCUCAUCUCGGACAACGGGAAGCCAAGCCUCACAGGCACCAGCACGCUGGCCGUGGCCGUGUGCAAGUGCAACGAGCACGGGGAGUUCACCUUCUGCGAGGACAUGGCCGCCCAGGCAGGCGUCAGCAUCCAGACGCUGGUGGCCAUCUUCCUCUGCAUCCUCGCCAUCACAGUGAUCACCCUACUCAUCUUCCUGCGGCGGCGGCUCCGGAAGCAGGUCCGCGCCCUCGGCAAGAGCGUGCCAGAGAUCCACGAGCAGCUGGUCACCUACGACGAGGAGGGCGGCGGCGAGAUGGACACAACCAGCUACGACGUGUCGGUGCUCAACUCGGUGCGCCGUGGCGGUGGAGCCAAGCCCCCGCGGCUGUCGCCGGACGCACGGCCGCCGCUGUAUGCGCGGGUGCAGAAGCCACCGCGGCAUGCGCUCGGGGCGCACGGCGGGCCCGGGGAGAUGGCCGUGAUGAUUGAGGUGAAGAAGGACGAGGCGGACCACGACGGCGGCGGCCCGCCCUACGACACUCUGCACGUCUACGGCUACGAGGGCUCCGAGUCCGUCGCCGAGUCCCUCAGCUCCCUGGGCACCGAUUCGUCCGACUCCGACAUCGAUUACGACUUUCUCAACGACUGGGGGCCAAGGUUCAAGAUGCUGGCCGAGCUGUAUGGCUCGGACCUCCAGGAAGAGCUGGUGUAUUAGGGGGCCUCCGCCUUCUGGGCCUGGGGACCCAAACUCACUGGAGCCCAGGAGAGUCCCAAGCAGGCACUGAGACCUCCGAGACUGGCACUCACUGCCCCGCCCAGCACCCCUUCCUCCUAGGUCCCAGAGACCUCACCGUGGUGGGGGGGCGAGGGGUAGCAAAAUCCAGGUCCCUGAAAUAUCCAGAAACCUACUUCAGUGAUGGCUACCCCCUAAAUGCUGGGAAAACCAGACUAGUGUUCUGUCUGGGCUCAGACAUCCCUCGCCUCAUCACCCCCAGACCACCGACCUCACUUAAAGACUUUUCUGGCUCCACAAGGCUGCAGAGCAAAGCAGCCUGUGUUCAACUGUUAAGGGAGUGGAUCUUUCCCUGAAAGCGCUGACCCCCCCUGGUGAGGCUGAUGAGGUCCUGGUGCCUAUCUGCCUGGAGGCAAAAGGCAGAAUGGCAUGACCUCGGGGCAAGACUUGCUGCAGCCCAGUCCCAGGGAGAAUGCCACUAUCCAUCAGGCCUGAUCUCAGGAGCCCCAGCCCUGCUCUGACUCCCUCACACCCUCCCAAAUGCCCCAUCCCUGCCCCUCCCAGGCCUGUCAAGAAGGAGGAAAGGGCCACAUGGCAGCUCCUGACCUUGGGUCCUGAGGUGACCUUGCUGGCCUGCCACAAGGUCAGUAACUGUGCUAUGCUGAGCAUUGAACCAUUCAACUGAAUUCAGGGAAAUGGCUUAUUGAACUUUGAAGCAACUGUGAAUUCAUCCUGGAGGGACAGUGGAGACCAAGUGUGACAGAUAAUAGGGUGAGGGCCACCUCCAUGCCCACCCCUUCUGGAGAGGACCUGAGACCCUGAUUUGAGACUCCUCAACACCCCUCCAGUUUUACCUGUUAGGGCGCAGAUAUUCCUGGAGCGGAAGACCUCUCCCCAUCUCCGCCUUGCUGGUUGUUCAUUCAUGCUGGCUCGCUCUCUCUCUUUUCUCUGUCUACUCCUUAUCUUUUGACUUAAAGGCAUCCGAAAUGUUGCCCUCAGCAAGUCUGGCCAACAUCCAAACCCAGACAUGAUUGCGUGACAGAGCCAUGCUAUGGCCUUUACAUGCAUUGUUACCAUCUCAGGGAACCGACCCUGCAGAAGGCAAGGCCCCUGCCCUUCCCAAGCUCUGCGGUCAUCUCUGCAUCUCCCACACACGGAACAUUCUACUGCUAACAUGUCUUGGUGAAGUGGCAUCAAUCGAGAGAAGCAGAGAAGGAGACAACUCUCUAGCUCACCCUUUGUCAAGGACUGAGGCUCCCACUCUGGGCGAGGCCCCUGGCACUGCAGGGGAUUGUAGAUAAUACUGACUCUUUUUUAAAUCAAUAACUAUUUUUCAUAAUAAUUGUUUUUUUACUAAUAAUACUUACAAAUUUCUAGUUCUCACAAACACAUAGAAUAAGUGUUUUUGCAUAAUAGGCAGGUUGCUGUCUAGGGUAACAAUUUUAAUUCAGGUUUUUUUAGUUAGAUAAACAAUUUCUGUAAUCUAUUUCCUAUCACUAUAGUAAUUGCUCUACAGACAAUGACUGUAUAUUGGCCACACCGGUGCAUGAGACGUAUUGUAUUUUUUUAAUACUUAAAUAAAAAUCUCGAGAUUCUUCCAUUUCUAGAA